GCAGGGUAAAGCCAAUAUUCAACGCUGUUCCAGUUUGCCGAGCGUGGAUGUCAGGACAGCAGUAUUAUCCUCAAUUUCAGAUGCAGUGAAAAAUAUUUGCAGUUCGAUGGAAAACCAAUACCGGAAGAAGUGCCCCGUGCAGUACUGUUGGGACUGCGGCGAAAGUAUUCGCGACAAAUACCUGCUGUACGCAAUGGACAGGUACUGGCACACGUCAUGCCUCAGGUGCAGCGUAUGCCGGAUCACGCUCGCAGAUGCCGGAUCUUCUUGUUUCACGCGGUCCGGUCUCAUACUCUGCAGAGAUGAUUAUCUCAGGUUGUUUGGCAGAGAGGGCGAGUGCCAUGCCUGUCGGGAGACGAUCCCAGCGAACGAGAUGGUGAUGAAAGUUCAAGGCUUGGCCUAUCACCUGAAAUGCUUCAUCUGCUCAAGGUGCCACGGACCCUUGUCGCUGGGGGACAGGUACCAUCUGUGGGAAGGAAGGAUCCUCUGCGACAAGGAGUGUCUCAGACUUUUGAGGAGAAACGCUCCUCUAACUCAGAGACGAGCCACCAAAGCUCAAAGGUUGAAUUCGACCAUUAAAGCGUGACAAUCCGUUAGUGUGAGCGAACUCCUCAAAAACAAACUUUAUUUGAAAGAAAAAACAAUUGCUAUGCCAGUCACAUAUAAACAUCCUUUACUUUGCUAGAGACCACGUAAAACUUUGGAGACUACUGAUUGGCUACUACAUAAAAACAUCACCCA